GUAUAUUGCACAACAUGGCAUUAAGCCCCGAAAUAGUUGUGGGAAAUCGGAAUGAUUUGGAUCAGCGAAGAAAAUCUAUGGAAUGUCUAUCGCGAGCUUCGUUGGCCGCGUGGCGUAUGCUCAGUGGACUGAGCUAUAAUUUGAAGACUAAAACUGAUAAAGCCGAGGAACUGAUUACAUUGGCGGGACAGCAGAUCCAGCAGUAUGCCAAUAUUUUGUGCGAUACAAAAAGCUUGAACUCGAGAUGCAAUGCAAGCAUUAGCGAAAAUGAACGAAUCUCGUACGAUCUGUGCUUGAAGAAGCAUGAAUUGGAAAUUCAACGGAUGAAGCAGCUGGUGGAGCACAGUCGACUGGCCAGCGAGCUCCACGACAAAACCGAAAGCCUGCAAGUUACGAAGCAUUGGCUGGAAAGCGAAACUUCCGAAUUGCUUAAAGCAACAGCGAAAGUGACUAAAAUGAUCACCUUCCUCGACGAGCGCAAAAAACAGAACGAGAUUUUGAGGGAGCACAAUCAAAAAUUGGCCGAAGAGAUUAAGGAAAAGUCGGAGCUUUUGAGAUCCCGUACAGUUAUGAUGCACACCAUGAUUCACAAUAUGGGGGAGGAGCUUAAUGGUGUAAAUCUCAAAACCAAAGCUAUUGAAGGUAUCAGCGCGCAGCUUAAGAGAAGAAUUGCAAUGCUGAAAUAUUUGCAACGACAGCAAAGCGACAGCAAUGGGGGCAAGAAAGAAUGUGGACUAUUUCUGAGAAUGGCCAUUACAAUGCAAAAUUAUAUGCAAUACUGGUGGCAGAACUGUCGAAGAAUAUUCGAAUUGAUUGUGUACAGAUGGCGGUACACAAAACAGCUGCGCGAGCCUUAAAGCAACAAUGUCAAUGUCAAUUCGUUCAACAAUUCAUAUAAUUAUAAUUAACGAAAUUAGCA